UCUCUGCACUGACCUUUUUCUUGUAUGAAUCAAUAUGGAACGAAAUUUUAAGAAUGUUUUGGUCAUCUCUUUUGGAUUUUUGCUUCUCUUUACUGCUUAUGGAGGGCUCCAGAGUUUACAGAGCAGUCUCCAUUCAGAAGAAGGCCUGGGUGUUGCUUCCCUAAGUGUUGUCUACGCUGCUCUUAUCCUCUCGUCCAUGUUCCUCCCUCCAAUCCUCAUCAAGAAGCUGGGCUGCAAGUGGACUAUCGCAGGCUCUAUGUGCUGCUACAUUUCAUUCUCCUUAGGCAACUUCUACGCUAGCUGGUACACACUGAUCCCUACUUCUGUGAUACUAGGCUUAGGAGGAGCGCCGCUCUGGUCUGCCAAAUGCACUUACCUCACCAUUGCUGGCAAUUCAUAUGCUGAGAAAGCAGGAAAAAUUGGAAAAGACAUUAUCAACCAAUAUUUUGGGGUCUUCUUUCUGGUGUUUCAGUCCUCUGGAGUCUGGGGAAAUCUUAUCUCAUCCCUGAUACUUGGUCAAUCUUCCAACAAAGAGGAAAUCUCAGAGGAAGAUCUGGCAUGCUGUGGAGCAUAUGACUGCAUGACAAGUGAUGCCACCAACACGACUGGAUCAGCAGGACCCUCGACUUCCUUAAUCUACACUCUGCUAGGAACCUAUACAGCUAGUGGUGUGCUAGCUGUGUUGCUGAUUGUUAUAUUUCUGGACCAGAUCAAAUCAGACCAAGCAGAGACUGAGAGAGAAAUAACAAAGACACCAUCCUUUUGGUCUACGUUCCUAGCAACUUUCCAGCAACUUAAAGAUAAAAGACAGUGUCUUCUAAUCCCUCUGACAAUGUACAGUGGGUUUGAACAGGGAUUUCUUGCUGGUGACUACACAAAGACCUACGUGACCUGUGCCCUGGGGAUACAUUAUGUUGGCUUUGUGAUGAUCUGUUUUUCAGCUACAAAUUCUCUCUGCUCUCUGCUCUUUGGAAAGAUCUCUCAGUUCACAGGAAGAAAACUUCUAUUUGCAAUAGCUGCAGUUACAAACUUUGCCAGUAUAAUAGCACUACUGCUGUGGAAACCUCAUCCUAACCAGCUUGCUGUGUUUUUCAUAUUCUCUGCUCUGUGGGGCAUAUCUGAUGCCGUUUGGCAGACACAAACUAAUGGACUCUAUGGUGUUUUAUUUGAGAAACGCAAGGAGGCUGCCUUUGCAAACUACCGCCUCUGGGAAUCAGUUGGAUAUGUCAUUGCUUUUGGUUAUAGCACCUUCUUGCAGGUCUACAUCAAACUGUACAUCGUAUUGUCUGUGCUUGUGGUGUCAAUGGUGAUGUAUGGAGUAGUGGAAUACAUAGAAGCCAAGAACUCUCCUGGGAUAUCUACUAUACCUACUGCAGAAAAGAAAAAAAUAGGAUCUAUCCCCCAGGAAACACACAUGUAA